CGACCAUGCGGCCCUCAGCUGAUUCGGUCGCUCCUCUGCCCAGCGAUGAGUCGCAACUCCUAGAGCCACCGACCAGCAAUUCAUGGACCUCCGAGUCAGUGGCCUCCACCGUCGUAGUCCCCACAACUCUACGAUUCAACAACUCACCAGAGCCCGGACCAUCUUCGCUCUCCGCCUCCGAGUCGCAACAAACACGGGAGACUCGGAUGCACACUGCCCCCCCGCCUCGAAGUCCAACGCCGCUGUCGCCCACGAUCGCCCAGCGAGAACAGCAGACCAACGCCAAGGUAGCACCUCUGCUUGUCAAGGCGUACGACAAACGCCUAUCGCAGGAGCGCCGCUUCAAGGCCCUCGAGGCAGUUGUGGGGAUACUCUCUGAGGAGAACAGCGGGUUGUACAGCGAGCUCGGUGAGACCCGUACCCAUUGCGAUAUGGCUCGGAUGGAGUCCGAUGACCUACAGAAGAAGCUCAAUGCAAAGACGGCUCGAGCUAGCCAGGGCAAGAAGCGCAAUCUAGUCACGGAUUCGCGCACGUUCACGUCUGGCGAGGGUCUUGCGGCUUGGCGGGAGCAGGAGGAGCAGCGCAAAGCGAAAGAACAGGAGAAGACAGCUGCCAAGGCACGGCAGGCUCAGAAACUCGCUGAUCGAGAGGUUCAACGCCAACAACGAGAGCAAUCCGGAGUCUUCUCGGGGUCCUUGUCGUCAAAGCUGCGAGACGAACUCCUGGACAUCGCCACUGCAUUGGACAUUCCUGUCGAAGGCAAGAAGAAGCCCGAGCUGCUGGAAUCGAUCAGGAAUCAUUUCACUGCGAAUCCGGAGCUGAAAGAGCAACCACGCUUCUGUGGUAUUUUCCGAGGGCGGAAACGCACAGCCGCAGCAGCAGAGCUUGACGAGCCAGUAGAUCAGCCCGCCGCGACACGCCGCCAGGUCGAUACAAGUGCUAGUAUGUCAUCAUCUUCGACGCUGUCACCUCGUGCCAUUACUCCGACGUCCAUAUCCCCCACACUCCCAAACAUCCCUCCGCCUGGCAUCGUCUUUCCGCCUCAUGCCAUGUCGAUGCCAAGCAUUGCGCAGCCUAGCGCGCCGUUCUCGGAAAACGGCCCCUGGCAACCUGCUGCAGGUCCAAGCACCCUCAAUUUCGCCCAAAUGCGCCCUGACUCGGAGCAUCUUGUCGCGUCGCCGACUGGUACGAUCAGUGGACAUUACCAUUAUAUUCCUCUGUCUUAUAAUAUGUCUGAUGUGUUCAUGCCUAGAGAAUAAGCUCGUUCUAAUACACCGUCGUACACAGGUGCCCCGUCGUAGCAUAGAUGAUUAAUCUUCACUAGUAACAUAAUUCGUAGAGUACAUACUUCAUUGUCUAUUUGAUUAGAGUACAGCAAACACCUAUUACUGGUCCCACG